GCUCCUGUCACACUAGGUCCUUGCUACACAUGCGUCUUUUGCAAGAAAAAACGAACCCUUUUUAUUCUUGAUCUCCUUUCUUACCAAGCAUAAUGUUACAAGGAAAAGUCUCGGCUCCAUGUAUGAUCAAAUGCUAUUGUUUUUCCGAUUCCAGAUUACAUGAACCUUUAGUGAACAAAAACGAUUAUUCUAGAUCGGUUGUCAUCCCAGCGUUAACAAUGGUUUGGAUCACGGAGUUCCUUCUGUUAUUCUUCAUUGUAAGCGCUAAGCUGGGUUCAAGUACGACAGAACCAGCAGAUGUUUCCGCUCUUAAAUCCUUGUCCGAUAAAUGGAAGAACGCACCUCCGAGCUGGGGAAGGUCUGGAGAUCCGUGCGGCAAACCGUGGGAAGGAGUACGCAACUGCAGCAAUUCAAGGGUCACAACACUAAAGCUAUUCAACAUGGAGCUUCAAGGCACAUUAAGCCCAGAAAUUGGCAACCUGUCCCAACUGGAAAUCCUGGACCUAUCGUACAACCCAAAUCUUGAGGGUCCUAUCCCAUCGAGCAUAGGAAGGCUGACCAACCUUCAAAUUCUGAGGCUAAUCGGCUGCAAAUUCAGUGGUGGCAUUCCGCAAGAGUUAGGCAAUCUGCUGCGGCUUACGAUCUUGGCAUUGAACUCAAACCAGUUGAAUGGCACAAUACCUCCGUCUUUGGGCAGGCUCUCCAAUCUGAACUACCUUGAUCUAGCCGACAAUCAAUUGACUGGGACUCUCCCAAUUUCAGCAAAUAACGGUUCAGGAUUGGACAUGCUUGUUAAAGCAGAGCACUUUCAUCUGAACAAGAAUCAAUUAUCAGGAUGGAUUCCAAGUAAUAUUUUCCAUCCUAACAUGACACUUUUGCACUUACUCCUUGACAGCAACAAACUCAGAGGGGAAAUUCCUGACACAAUUGGGCUUGUUAAGACACUGACAAUUAUCCGUCUGGAUAAUAACUUUCUAAAUGAAUCAGUUCCAUCAAAUUUCAGCCACCUCACUAACCUCUGUGUUUUAAACUUGGCAAACAACACAUUGGCAGGACCAAUGCCAAAUCUCACUGAGCUGCAAGGACUCAGCUAUCUGGAUUUAAGCAAUAACUCGUUUAACCUAUCGACAGUUCCAGAAUGGUUAUCAAAUUUGCAUAAUCUCACAACUUUAAUUAUCGAGUUUGGACAACUACAUGGAGAAGUUCCACAGUUUCUGUUUAGCUUGCCUAGUCUGCAGGAAGUGAGACUUAAAAACAAUGCAUUCAAUGGUACCCUCAACAUAAGCUCCAUAACCAAUUCAAAACUGAGGAUACUGAAUUUUCAAAACAAUGACAUUAACUCGAUCACGCUUUCAUCAAGCUACAAUGAGAAACUCGAACUUGCAGGAAACCCAGUUUGCAACAAUUCUCAGCUACAGCAAACAGAAUAUUGCCAAAAUCUUAGACCAGAUUCACCGUACAAUUCCUCUGAUAAUAUCACUUGCUUGCAGCCAUAUAAAGGGCGAGUUAUUUCUAGAGCACCUUAUAAUAGUUACGUUCAACAAUUACUGCCACAGUUAGAGAAAGGGUUCGAGGAUUUUCUCAGGACGAAACCAAUCAACUUUUCUAUUCGGAAUUUUUCCUUUGACACUAAUGAUUAUCUCCAAGUAGAGCUGAGGUUUUGUCUUUCAAAUUCCAAGUCCUUCACCAGGGAAAACAUAAUCAAUUUUCUGGAUUUUAACACCCAAGAUCUUAAUCUCCCGGAUGACUUCGGACCAAGCUUUUUCUCUGCAUCACAAUAUGACUUCAGAAAUCGGGUGAUACGCGGAUUAACAAUCGGAAUAGCAGUUGGGUCCGCUGUCGCUGUGCUCAUUAUUGCUGGACUAGCAAUCUAUGCAUUGAGACAAAGAAGACAAGCUCGAAAGGCCUUCUCCCUAAGAAAUCCUUUUGCAUACUGGGGAUCAUUCGGUGAAGAUGCUGGAGAUGCACCACAACUAAGCGGAGCAAGAAGCUUUUCUUUGGAUGAACUAAAGAAAUGCACUAAUGAUUUCUCAAGAGUUAAUGAAAUUGGAUCCGGGGGAUACGGAAAGGUCUACAGAGGAACUCUUCCAAAUGGCCAGAUAGUGGCCAUCAAGAGAUCAGAGAAAGGCUCCAUGCAAGGUGGACUUGAGUUCAAGACAGAGAUUGAGUUGCUCUCCAGAGUGCAUCAUCUCAACCUUGUAGAAUUAGUAGGAUUUUGCUAUGAAAAGGGCGAACUUUUGCUAGUGUAUGAAUACAUAUCCAACGGAACUCUAAGGGACAGUCUCUCUGGAAGAAAUCAAAUACAAUUAGACUGGAAGAGGAGACUCAAGAUAGCUUUGGAUUCAGCUAGAGGAUUAGUUUAUCUUCACAAUCAUGCAAAUCCUCCAAUAAUUCAUAGGGACGUGAAGUCCAGCAAUAUCCUUUUGGAUGACAAUUUGAUUGCCAAAGUUGCAGACUUUGGUCUCUCCACACUAGUGCAGAACAGUGAAGAGGAUCAGUUUUCAAUUCACGUCAAGGGAACACCGGGAUAUGUUGAUCCUGAGUACGUCAUGACCCAACAACUGACUGCAAAAAGUGAUGUGUACAGUCUCGGCGUCGUAAUGCUAGAGCUGAUUACUUCAGAGCCUCCUUUGAAUAAAGGAAAAUACAUUGUUAGCAAAGUGAAGAUGGCAAUUGACAAGAAUGAUGAAGAAUGGUAUGGUCUCAAGGACAUGAUCGAUCCAACACUCCUCAAGUCUGGCAGCCUUGAUGGGCUACGUAUAUUCGUAGAGUUGGCUUUAUCAUGUCUCGAUGAGUCAUCAGAACUACGACCUACGAUGGAUAAUCUUGUAAAGGAAAUUGAAGUUUUGUUGACAGACUAUGAAUCGAACACGUCAACCUCAGCACCACUGUUUGCGAUCGAGUUGGGAAGCAUGAAGGAGGCUUAUGAUGAAAUAGAACUCAGCAAAGAAGUCAGCAGCCAAGAUAUUUAUCGGUAUACUGGUAGACAUAAUAUGAUUUAAAGAAGAAAACUCUCAAAAGACUGAUCUUGUAAAUUUAAAUUAAUUAGCGGUUCCAAGUAUGUUUGCUUCAUUGCGCUUUAAACACUUCUGUCCAUAACAUUCGAUACCUUCGUUCAUUUUUUUGAUUUGUGGCCCUUGGAGAUCAAGAAGAACCUGGAUAUACAUGAUUUAUAAUUGGAAUUUCGUCUUGUAUGCUAAGUCUCACCCUUUCUCGAGAGAUUCGAUGAGGAGCACCUCAAUCCCUC